AUGGCCAAGACGUCGUCGCCUCUGGCCUCUUCCAGCUUGGGGGCGUCGCCGCACCGCACAAAGACGUCGCUCAAGCAGACGCGCCUCGUCUCAUUCUUCUCCUGCCUCCGGUGUAGGGCGCUGGCCGAACAUCACUCCAACGGCAGAGCGCUGGCGAUUUUUCUGCUGCUCAUCGUCAUUGCCUGCGCUGCUUUGUCGAACUGCGGCAUCCGCAGCUUCUCUUUUGUUCAACGGCCGAUUGCGCCGAGCGAGCGGCCUGGCAGAGACGUUCCGAAGGCAGCGAGGGAAAGCGCAUCACCACCCAUAACGACAGCGACGCCGGGCAUCGCACUUUACAGCGAUCCGCGAGACGCAGCAGCGGAGAAGGCCAUGAGGUAUGCAGAGAAGUUCUACGAGACGGCCGGCCGCUUGCGGUGUCCGCAGCCGCAGCGCUACACACAGGAGGAAGUGGCACAGCACAAGACACAAGACGACUUGUGGAUUACGGUGGAUGGCAACGUACUGAAUGUUAGCGCGUUUCUGCCACAGCACCCUGGCGGGGACGUGCUACUGGACGGCGCCGGUGGGCAGGACAUGGCGACGGUGUUUGCCUUCUUCCACAACCCCUCGUCUGUAAGGCUCUUAGCGAACUUCUGCAUUGGCCGUAUCCUAUUACAGUGA